AUGUGCAAAAAAGAUGUAUUAAAUUACAGAACAAAUCUUAUGAUUGCUGGUGACUUUAACAAAACAAAAUCAACUGUCUUUUACAAUAAUAUAGCUAUUCAUACUCCAGCAAUUGCAGUAAAUCUUUAUUCUAAUGCACUAUUACAAAAGCUGUCCGGAAAUUAUGAAUCAUAUAUUACAACUGUUAAUGAACCGAUUGAAAUGAGUAGUACAAGAACAUGUGAUGAAGGACUAGAUACUUCGUUCGUAUUUCUUUGGAUGAUUACUUUCACGCCUGGUUUACUGUAUUUAAUAGGAUAUUUUAUAGCGUUACCAUUAAAUGAAAGAGUAAGUGGAAUCAAACACUUACAAAUGAUGACCAAACUUUCACCAAUCAUGUAUUGGGUUACUUGUUUCAUUUGGGACUAUUUUUGUUACAUAAUUGUGGUUUUAUUAACAUUGGCCGUUAUGUAUUUAACGGAUAUAAACGACAUAUUUACUGGUUUAAAUGAAGUUGGUGGUCUAUUAACAUUAUUAUUUAUUUAUGGGUGGAGUGCAAUUCUCUAUGCAUAUGUUUAUAGCUAUUUAGCAAAUACACUAGUUAGCGCCAUGUUACUGUAUAUUGCAGUUAAUUAUAUUUUAGGAAUAUUUAUAAAUAUUAUCUUGGUUAUGGUGAACGACUAUAUAAGACUGUUAAAUAAAACAAAUUACUUUAACACACUGAAUAUAAUAAGGUUAAUAAUUUUAAUUAUUCCACAUUUUUCAUUUCCAUUGUGUUUAUCGGGAUUUCUAAAAAUAACAUGGGAAAACAACAUGUGUAAAAUAUGUAAAUCACCUAAAAUGAUUGAAGUGUGUAAAGCUAUUGGUUCUGAACGUAAAAGUUAUUUUGUUUUCCAAUCUGAUGAAGAUCCUAAUGGUCUACUAGAAGAAACUUUAUUUUUAUUACUUAGUAGCAUACUCUACAUAUCCAUUAUACUAUUAUUUGAUUAUAAAAUAUUUCGUCGGUUAUAUCAGUAUGUAUUCAACAAAAUCUAUGGCACUGGUGUUAGUUAUAGAGAUGCUAAUGAAGAUCCAGAUGUUGGUAGUGAAAGAGACAAAGUUAAUGCAACUAAAACUCAAUCAAAUAGUGCUUCAUCACCAUUAUUGGUGGUUGAUGACAUAGUUAAAAAGUUUAGUUUUAAUUUCACCGGUGUAAGGGGUAUAAGUUUUGCUGUUUUCCCUGGUGAAUGUUUUGGCUUACUCGGUGUGAAUGGCGCAGGUAAAACAACUACAUUUCGAAUUUUAACUGGAGAUAUAUUUCCUUCAAAAGGUGAAGCUUCUAUUCUUACUGAUAAGUUGUACAAACUCAGCUCUGACAUAAAUCAGUAUGUUUCUUUGAUUGGUUAUUGUCCUCAAUACGAUGCGAUAAAUGAUCAACUUACUGCAAUAGAAACUUUAAAACUAAUGGCAAUUUUGAGAGGAAUUUCGCCAGCAAACACCAAAAACCAUGUUGAUAAAUGGAUUAGACUUUUAGGUCUUGAAGAACAUAAAGAUCGACUCUGUGGGACAUAUAGUGGUGGAAAUAAGAGAAAAUUAAACACUGCAAUGGCAUUAAUUGGAGAUCCCCCUGUUGUGUUUUUGGAUGAGCCAACCAGCGGAGUAGACCCCGUGGCAAGGCGUAAUUUAUGGCAAUUAUUAGCUGCUAGUCAAAGAGGUGGACAAGCCAUUAUACUUACUUCGCAUAGUAUGGAUGAAUGUGAAGCACUUUGCAACCGUUUGACAAUAAUGGUGGGUGGUUUAUUAAAAUGUAUUGGUAAUAUACAAUAUUUGAAAAAUCGUUAUGGACAAGGAUUUACAAUCAUGGUAAAACUACGUAAUAUUGAAAACUUCAAUGUUUCUGAACUAAAAACUGAUAUAGAAAGUCAGUUUGCUCCAGACAUCAGUUUAAAAGAUGAACAUACGGUGAUUACAGCCCAUGCGAAAAAAAAUUAA